AUGUCGGUGUUACUCCUCACGUUCAAGGUCAAUGAACGGAGGAGAGCAUUCACAUCGCAUCCCGUCCUGUUUCCCGAAGCAGAUCCUCGUCCUGCACCUCCUCGGCCUCGUCAAGUGUUUAGCAACAAGUUCAUCGACGUGAACAAGGAGCUUCUCUGUCAGAGGGGUUUCCAUCCGAGUGAAUCCCACAGCGGAAAGCUUUUUUUUCCUCAUCUACGGUUGGAAGACAAGCAAACGGUAAGGAAGAUGCUGCACCUGAUUGGUGUCCUGGCCCUGGUCAGUCUGGUCUCAAGUGAAGAGGGGGCCCGUUUGCUGGCCUCUAAAUCCCUGCUGAACCGAUAUGCUGUGGAGGGCCGUGAUCUCUGCCUACAGUACAACAUCUACAAUGUUGGCUCUAGUGUUGCUCUGGAGGUGGAGCUUUCAGAUGAUUCUUUUCCCCCUGAAGACUUUGGAAUUGUUUCAGGAAUGUUGAAUGUCAAAUGGGACAGGAUUGCACCAGCCAGCAAUGUCUCUCACACAGUGGUGUUGCGCCCGCUGAAGGCUGGUUACUUUAAUUUCACAUCUGCGUCUGUCAGAUACCUCGCCCAGGAGGGAGGACAAGUAGUGGUUGGCUUCACUAGUGCACCAGGCCAGGGAGGCAUCCUGGCUGAGAGGGAGUUUGACCGCCGCUUCUCCCCUCAUUAUCUUGACUGGGCGGCAUUUGGUGUAAUGACUCUGCCCUCCAUCGGCAUUCCUCUGCUCCUAUGGUACUCCAGCAAAAGGAAGUACGACUCACCAAAGGCCAAGAAGAACUGAAAAGGCAGUGCUGGGGACAGGAUGGAAAUGGAAGUCAAAGGGUUUAUUGGGCACAGAAUCUCAGAAUAACUUAACCCAUAUUGGGAGUGAAAGUUGAAAGACAAGUACAGUGACUAUGAAACAUGACUGUGAUUUAAUUAAAGAAACAGUGUGAGAAUGAA